UAGAAAAUUUCUUCCUUUAUUUUUGGUCAUAUGGUUUUGAUGAAUUGAGAAAGAAGUGUAAUUAGAGCAAGGAAUGAAGAAAACAUAGGAAAAAUGAAGAAUUCUUACGACGAACAGAAGCUAAGAGAUGAAGUAAUCUAUCUUCAUUAUCUUUGGCAACAAGGCCCCCCUACUCCUCCUCCUCCUCCUCAUCCUCAUGCUCCUCAAUCAAACCCUAUUCUUCCUCAUUGGCGUCAUCAUCAUGAUCCUUUUCCACCUCCCCACACCAGAUCCCUCCCUCCUGUGAAUUCCACCACAUUCAAGAAAAAGAAAGUUACAAAACCCGAACCCAUUUCCUCUGAGAACCGGAGGGUUAACACAGAUGAUAACAACGUUACAAAACCCGAUUCACCGGGUUGGCCGGUCCCCGUCCCCGUUUCAAGAAACUCUCCUCAAACAGGCUGGCCCACACCAAACCCUCCUCCUCAACCUCAAGAGAUUGAGAGACUCUCUGCAUUACAUUUGCAGAACAAAGCCUGCAAAGCUUUCAAAGACUCUCUGCUUAUUGAUUCCGAUGAUGACGAUGAUGAUGAAGUUGAAGAGGACUAUGAAGACGAAGAUGAAGAUGACAACGAAGACGGUGAUGAUAGAUUUAAGCAGUUUGAGAAUUUUUUCAUUAAAGUUUUUAUGGAAGAUAAUGAACUGAGAUGGUAUUACCAGAGGUGUUUUGAGAAUGGAGAGUUUUUAUGUUUGGUUUGUGCUGCUGAUAAGAAGAAUAAUAAGAACAAGAAGUAUAAGGAUUGUAUGGGUCUUGUUCAACAUUCCAAAUUGAUUUUGAGGACUGCGAAUAAAGUGGCUCACAGGGCUUUUGGGGAAGUAGUGUGUAAGGUUUUGGGUUGGGAUGUUCGUCGUCUUCCGACUAUUGUUCUCAACGGGGAACCUCUUGGCCCAGCUCAGUCACUGGUAGUGAACAAGGAGGAAAAGGUGUCGGAUAUGCGGGUGAGAGAAGGUGAUUUAUGGAUGUGGAAUUGGUCAUGGAGGAGAAGGUUUUUUGUUUGGGAGGAAAGCAUUUUUUAUCAAUUCCGGGUGCUCCUUGAUUCAUUUCUUUGGAGGGAAGAGUUGGAUAAGUGGGCUUGGCGUCCGGGAGAGAGUGGCGAUUUCACGGUUAACUCUAUGUUCCUUUUCUUGGAAGAGAGGUUUGUGGUUAACUCUGGUUUUUGUUUGCUGUCCUGGGUGUUUCUGGGUGCGGGUAGCAGGGGAUUAGAUUGCAGUGUUUUUGCUUUUCUGUCCUGUUAUGGUCACCUGUAUUUGGCUUCUGUUUCUGUUCUGUUUGUUGGUGUUUUUCCGGGGCGUUACGUGUAUGGGCGGCGCUUUUGUCUUGUUCCUUUUGCUAGCUUUUGCGCAGGUUAGUCGAAGCUAUGUACAUGCAUUUCAGAUGGUUUUCGCUUGAUUACAUUUCCAUAACUUUGGCUUCGGUGAUACGGAUCGCUAGGGUGGCUGCUGCAGCUCGUUUGCUGUUCCAGUUUUUGGGGGUACAGGGCCUGGGUUGCGAACGUUCUGUCUGUUUUCCCUGCAGCUGCGUGUUUGCAGUGGCUGUUGGGUUUGUUUUUGGGGGUGGCUGUCUUGUGUUAAGCGGCUUUGUAGCGGCAGUAUAGUGGUUGAGAUUUUUUCGGUGUUCGCCUAUAUACGCCCCCGUUUUUGUAUUUUUUUUUUCCCCUCUGUUGCUAGUUCUGUGCAUGUUGUAUGAACUAAUCUUUAGUAAUACUUUGCUAACUCAUUGUUUUUUUAUGCCAAUAGUAACCCUUGUGUGGGAAAACAAUAACAACAUGGUUGCAUCAUUCAUGAUUUUGAGUAAUCCUUGCAUGAUUGAACUCGUCAUUAAUUUGAAUUGAACUUGAAUAAAUUGAAAUGUGAAGAUAUCAUUAGCUUUUAUUACGGAUUUCAAAUGAAGCUAUGUUGUCAAAAGUGUACCAUAGCAGAAUAGUGUAGCAUUAGUAGGGUUCGGUGCGACGCUUUUGGCCUGCGAGCCGCCAUUAGUAACAGCGCUUAUUGCGGCCCCAAAGCGCUAUCCCGUCCAUUAUUAGGAUUUUGGGACGAUAUUCCUCAAAUCCUGUUUUUUAAACUGUUGUCAGGGUAAUGUUCUGUUCUUCAUUAUGUUAUGUUCUUGCUCAAACAAUCGUUUUGUUCUUCUUCCUACGUUUAGUUCAGUUUGUUAUGUUAAAUUUUAUUGCUCUGUACUUUAGGUUCUUCAAUUAUUAAGUAUGACAGUCUCU